AUGGAGCUGGUGCUGCGUUUCAAGGCAGAUGGGUGGAGAUUUCUUUGUGGCCCUGAAUGGGUUUGGAGCUGGCUGGAUGUCUUUAUCGUUCUUAGCUCGUUGUGGGAAGUUGCCAUCGAGAUCAUGUAUGUCUGGCAGGGAGAUGCAGGUGCCCAAGAAGCCGCAGAACACGUGUCAGGCAUUAUCAACCUAAAGGCUUUUCGAGUCAUUCGAAUAGCCCGCAUCGUGAAGGCCGUGAAGCUCAUGCGAAUCUUUCGGUUUGUCAUUGCUCUUCGCACGUUGAUUACCUCAAUCAUCCACACCCUGCAGUCGCUGUUUUGGGCUUUGGCGCUCUUAGUGCUGAUUGUGUACGUGUUUGCGGUCUUGUUUGUCCAAGCAGUUAACGACUUCAAGCUGGAUCCUGACAAUGCCAAGCUCCCAACCCGAGAACUGGAAGCAAGUGACCUGUAUUUUUCAUCCUUACCGGACACGAUGCUCAGCCUGUUCAUGUGCAUCGCUGGUGGCGUGAAUUGGGGCGAAGUCCAGUCUCCGCUGAAAGCCAUUUCAACUGUAUGGGUCGUCUUCUUCCUGUUCUACGUGGCAUUUACGUAUUUUGCCGUCCUCAACGUUGUCACAGGAGUUUUCUGUCAAUCAGCCAUUGACAGCGCGCAGAACGAUCAUGCAACAGUGGUGCAGUCCAUCCUGGCAAACAAGAAGGCACACGUGGAGAAGAUCCAGGCCCUCUUUAGCCAGUUCGAUGACCGGGAAACUGGUGUCAUUACUUUCGCCAUGCUCGAAGAGAAAAUCGACUCACCAGAUGUCCGGGAAUAUUUUGAGACCCUGGGUCUCGACGUGUGGGAUGCAUGGUCAUUUUUUAAGUUGCUUGACCUGGACUCGGGCGGCGCAGUAGAAACAGAGGAGUGUUGUUGUAGUUGGUGGUGA